ACCCAAAAGCCAGCAAAAGGAAAAAAAAAAAAAAAAGGAAACAAGUUGCAGAGUCAUUUCUGCUCUCUCUUUCUCUCAAAACCCCAGAUUUAUUCCUGGCAUUGCUCAAUGCAAGCACAUUGGGAGUGCCCUAUAUCUUAGAAUUUCAUUUUCUUCAGAUCUGGACGUUAAAGAUUUGAUCUUGAUUGAUUGAUUUGUGUUAAAAUGGGAGUGAAGCCAAGUUCUAGAGGGUGCUUUGGGUGGUUUAUCGUGGCAGUAAUAUUGGCAUUGAUUAUUGGUGCCAUUGUUUAUACAGUUAAGAAGAAAAGUGAGAAGUCUGAAGGGCCUGCACCUAUUCCAGGGCCUCCUGGCGCUCCUGAUAAGAAAUAUGCUGAUGCUCUCAAGAUUGCUACGCAAUUUUUUGACAUUCAAAAAUCUGGGAAGUUGGUAGACAACAAGAUCAGUUGGAGAGGGGAUUCAGCUCUUAGAGAUGGAAGUCAAGCAAAAUUAGAUCUUUCAAAAGGCAUGUAUGAUGCUGGGGAUCAUAUGAAGUUUGGUUUGCCAAUGGCUUUUACUGCUACAGUAUUGUCAUGGACCAUCCUUGAGUAUGGAGAUCAGAUGGAUGUAGUAAAUCAGUUGGAACCGGCGAAGGAUUCGCUCAAGUGGAUCACUGACUACCUUAUCAAUGCGCAUCCUGAAGCGAAUGUGCUCUACAUUCAAGUUGGUGACCCUGAUACUGAUCAUGGUUGUUGGGACAGACCUGAAGACAUGACCGAGAAAAGGCCACUUACUCAGGUUAAUACAUCUUUUCCAGGGACAGAUGUUGCAGCUGAAACUGCAGCAGCUAUGGCUUCAGCAUCUUUGGUGUUUAAAUCCGACUCCACAUAUUCGAGCGCACUUCUUAGGCAUGCUAAAGAGUUGUUUACGUUUGCCGACAAAUAUAGAGGUUUAUAUAGUGAAAGUAUCCCUGAAGUUGCCACAUAUUACAACUCAACAGGAUAUGGAGAUGAGCUCUUGUGGGCAGCUUGUUGGCUCUAUCAUGCAACGGGAGAUAAAUCAUAUCUUCAAUACGUGACUGGGCAAAAUGGUAAACUCUUUGCUCAAUGGGGAAGUCCGACAUGGUUCAGUUGGGAUAACAAACUUGCGGGAGCGCAGGUUUUGUUGUCCAGACUAACUUUCCUUGGCAACAAAGACACCUCAAACUCAGGCCUUCAAAUGUAUAAGAAAACGGCUGAGGCAGUUAUGUGUGGUCUCAUCCCAGAUUCUCCAACAGCCACAAAGAGCAGAACAGAUGGUGGUCUUAUAUGGGUCAGUGAAUGGAAUGCUUUGCAGCAUCCCGUUGCUUCUGCAUUUUUAGCUGUUCUUUACAGCGAUUACAUGCUUAGUUCAGGAACUGCAAAGAUAUCCUGCAAUGGAGAUUCAUAUAAACCUUCAGAUCUUCGGAAAUUUGCGAAAUCUCAGGCUGAUUAUGUCUUGGGAAAUAAUCCUAUGAAAAUGAGCUAUCUUGUCGGUUAUGGUGAGAAAUAUCCACAAUAUGUGCAUCAUAGGGGAGCUUCAAUUCCAACUGAUGCAACAACUGGUUGCAAGGAUGGCUGGACAUGGCUUAAAAGUAAGGAACCGAAUCCCAACGAAGCAACUGGAGCACUUGUUGGUGGUCCCUUCUUAAAUGAAACAUUUGUCAGUAAUGAUCGCAACAACUCAAUGCAGGCGGAACCAAGCACAUAUAACAGUGCUCUAAUUGUUGGCCUGCUGUCAGGUCUUGUCACCACUUCUUCUGUGGUUCAAUCUUUCACCUGAAUCAAUCCUAGUAUAUAAUUAGGUACACACUGUUUGUGUCAUAUUAGCCGUGAUUGUGAGCUGUUCAACACAAAAUAAGUGUCCAUUAAUUUGUUUCAUUAUCAUAGAAUGAGGUUUGAGAUCAGGUUCUAGGGCUUGGAGCUCGUUUUCCUUGUUGAGGGAGUGCCUUGAAUAUAAAUGUUAUUCUUGCAGUUGUUUUCUGCCAAUUUUGUUGGAAUCAUAUGGUAUUCUGCUUUUAUGCUGUA